UCAAGGGCAGGCGUGACACCGUCGUGGUGUGGCGCGAGCCGCGCAGCAGAGGCCAUGGCGCGGCGCGUCUUCAGCCCGUGGAUGCUGCCGUUGGCGCUGCUUCAGGCCUUCUUCAUGCUGACGCUGAGUGGCAUCUGGCUCUGGGGCUUCGGCCUGUUUUGGACCUUCAUGGUCGUGGAGCUGCCCAAGGACCUUGGCCCCUACAGCCAGAUGAGCUCCUUGUCUAUGUUCUUGCACGGUGCCUUCCCGAUGCGAGACACCAAUGACGUCAAGUACGAGUUCAAGUUUGACCACGUGCUCAUCCUGGCUAGCGUCAUGACGCUGAUGAUGAUGGGCUGGGCCCCCACCAGGUCGGAGAUUGAAGAGGAAGACGACAAAGAGUUGGCAAAGGCCAACAAGAAGUCCAAGGCCAAGAAGCUUGCCAAGGCCUUGGGCUGAUGCUUGGGACCCCUGUUUCACCAAGAGCAGCCGAAGCCCCGAGAAUGGUUGGCAACGUCGAAGCUGCAGGCUCGGCAGAGCGAAAAGAGCGGUUUUCGCUUCGCCAAAAUGAAUCGAUGGC